UUUUGCUUGGCAUUUAAUAGCAAAUGCCCAUUUUUGUCUCCUUUAUACAUAUUUUAGAAGUUAAUUGUAACAAAAUAAAUACAAAUCAAGAUGAAAUUCUGGCUAAUCUUUUAGUCUUCAUCUUCUUUGAGAAUCAGGUAUUAAUUUCUGAUUUUUAAAAAUGGAUGAAGAAAUUUCAAGUGAUGGAAAUUCCUUGAUCAAAGCAGUUCAUCAGAGCCGACUUCGCCUCACAAGACUUUUGCUAGAAGGUGGUGCCUACAUUAAUGAGAGCAACGACCGUGGGGAGACACCGCUGAUGAUCGCUUGUAAGACCAGACAUGUGGAUCAGCAGAGUGUCAGUAAAGCCAAGAUGGUGAAAUACCUGUUAGAGAACAACGCUGACCCCAACAUCCAGGACAAAUCUGGAAAAACUGCUCUGAUGCAUGCUUGCUUAGAAAAAGCUGGUCCUGAAGUUGUUUCUUUGCUCCUAAAGAGCGGGGCUGACCUCACCCUGCAAGACCAUUCUAGUUACUCAGCUCUUGUUUAUGCGAUAAACUCAGAAGACAGAGAGACCCUGAAAGUUCUCCUUAGUGCAUGCAAGGCAAAGGGCAAAGAGGUCAUCAUCAUAACGACAGCAAAGUCACCUUCGGGGAAGCACACUACCAAACAGUACCUAAACAUGCCUCCUGCGGAGAUAGACGGCUGUCCCUCCCCAGCCACCUGCACCACACCUUCAGAUAUCGACAUCAAAACAGCCUCAUCGCCACUGUCACACUCUUUGGAAGCUGAACUGACACCUUUUGGCUUUAAUGACCUGGAGCCCACUGGAGUCUGUGAUGAUCCCCGGGACCCAGGCUCCCCCGUGAGGAAGCUUGCUCUGGCACCUAAUGGCCCCAAGCUACCCCAGGCUCCGCUCUGGAUCAAGAGUCCCCCAUCAUUAAUGCACCAGAACAGAGUGGCCUCCUUGCAGGAGGAGCUCCAGGAUAUUACUCCAGAGGAAGAAUUAGCCUACAAAACCAAUGGGCUGGCACUUUCUAAGAGAUUCAUCACUAGGCACCAAAGCAUAGAUGUAAAAGACACUGCACAUUUGCUAAGAGCCUUGGAUCAGGCCAGCUCAAGGAAGAUGUCCUAUGAUGAAAUAAAUUAUCAGUCUUUCUUGUCAGAAGGAAAUCAGCAAUGUGUUGAAAUUCCUGUUGACCAGGACCCAGAUACUAACCAAACAAUAUUUGCUUCCACCUUAAGAAGUAUAGUCCAAAAAAGAAACUCGGGGGCAAAUCAUUACAGCUCAGAUUCCCAGCUCUCAGCUGGCCUUAUCCCUGCACCUGCAGAAGAUGGCAAAGCACUUACCGGAAAGAAAAAGAUCCUCUCGCCAUCUCCUUCUCUGCUGUCAGGGUCCAAAGAAUUGCUGGAGACGAUCCCCCCAGCCCCCCUGAGCAGGAGAAAUCAUGCAAUUUUAGAAAGGCGUGGUUCAGGGGCUUUCCCCCUAGAUCACAGUGUCAUGCAAACCAGACCAGGAUUUCUGCCCCCUUUACAUGUAAGUCCUCACCCUCCCAUCUCAGAUAUCAAUGUCAACAACAAGCUUUGCAACCUUCUUUCUUGUGGUCAAAAAGCACUUAUGCCAACAGUUCCUAUUUUCCCUAAGGAAUUCAAAAGUAAAAAAACGUUGUUAAGGAGACAGUCAUUGCAAACAGAACAAAUUAAGCAAUUAGUACAUUUUUAAGAGCUGUCUAGACAAUACACUUUCUUCAAAUGUCUCUAUUAGAGAAAUAGAGAACUAGAGGAGAAAUCUUAAAUGUCCGUCCUUUUAACUCUCAUAAUUAAUUAGCGCAGAAUGCUUAAGAAAAUCAAAAUGUAAUGCAUUUUAUACUAGCCACUGUGAACACACAAAUGAUAUACAGAGUUUCUGCUAAGGCAAUUCCCGCAAACAAAAUGAAAGCAAUUUUUCUUAAAACCCCCAGUAUUUUAUAGCCCUCAGGUGGUCCAAAUUGUUUGCUUAAACAAAAAUUUAACAAAGAAAGGAGAUAAUAUUUCUGAAAUUUCAGAUUAAAUACUUACAGGAUAUAAUGUUUUUGAGUCAUUUAAUAAGAUUGUAAUUUCCCUUGAUGCCAAAAGCAUGACAGAAAAUAGUAAUAACUACAGUGAACUUGAGCUUAAGUUGAACUUAAGCUUCAAAGAAAGAAGUAAUUCUUAAAAAAGUGUUGACUGUAGGUGAGCUUAAAAUCUAACUUAAACCAGGAGGAGUCUAACAGCCUAGCAGACUGGGCAAUUAAUAUUCAUGGUGUCAGCCUAACGUGGAAAACUGACUGGUUAGAGUUUUACAAGCUACUAGUAGCUUCUGCUUGUGGGCUUUUUUUUUUUUCCUUUUGUUUUUUAAACUUUUCUAUGAUGUUAUCUUAUGGAAUUGUUUUUUGUCCAUAUCAUUUUAUUCCUGUUAUUAAUUUGGGGAGGCUAUUCAAUUCAAUGUUUCCAAUAACAAGAUAGUACAAACAUUAAAAUGCAUUCUUCUUUACUUAUAUCAAAUUAUUGUCUUACACAAAGAAACAGACAAAUAAUCAUAAUGUAACAAUAAUGAAAGAGUUUGGAACACAUCACAAAUAGAAAUUAAAUGCUUGCUUUAUUAAAAAAACUAUUAGGUUAGUUGGCUAACAUUAAGAAAGUCAAUAGAAGUGCUAAAUAUUCAGUCAAUAUUAAUAUCUAUUUCUGACAUGUAGUUAUUAGACAUACAAUAAGAAUGUAGAAGAAUAUUUCCCUAGUGUGACAUUCCAGUCAUCUAGUAUUUUAGAACUUGUGAAUAAUAAAAUAAACCAGUAUCAUGCGACUAUUAUAAAAGUAUUUUAAAACAACUGUAUCAUCCACAUGACCUCAAACUAUGGUGUUUAUGUAAAGAAUCCUUAUUUCAAUGUGCAGUUUUCCAACAAAGAAUAAAAUUCUAAAAAUCCUGAAAGUAUUAUGAUGGUCAUGUACAAUUUUUGCCUUCUGUGGCUAGAGGAGAGUCUAAAAUUCACGUGAUGCUUUUCUUGGUAAUUUGAUAUAAGCAAGUUGUAAUGUACAUAGUAAUUAUUUAAUUACUUGUAUCUUUUAUUUUGAAAAGUAAUUGGAGGUCUUUUCAUUUAAUGUUUUGAAGAACAGUAAUAUUAAUUACACUAGAAAUAUUUGUUGAUUCUGAACUUAGAAUCGUACCUGUUGUUUUUAGACAGCUAUUAGUAACUGCUUUUGCAAGUUUUAAUAUGGAGAAAAGUGCUUGACAUCAAGUUGUAAGACUAUAAUAUUGAAGAAUAUGUAAAUAAAUUAAUUGGUAAACUAAAUGAUAUCAAUAAAGAUUUAAAACAUCAUUUUGAUUAUUACUGGUUUUUUAUUUAUCUCUCAAAUACUAAUGAUAAAUAUUUCAACAUAAUUUCAGGAAAACUUUUGCCAUACAUAUUACUUCGAGUAAAUAGAAAACUAAGAGACAAUGGCUCAUGGGAUUUUACACUUCAUUAAGUGGAAUAUGUCACUGGGGUCCCAGUGAUAAGUGACAGAUAUUUACA